AUGGCGGUGAACGUGGCCGACUCUAACGCGCAGCCUGGCAGUCUAGCAGCCAACGGGGCCUCGCUGUUGACGUUCGGGAAGAUGUACGCUGUACUAUCGACCAAGAAGGUAUUCCUGGUGUCGAUAGCAGUAUCAGCAGCUGGCUCCGUUGUUUGCGCCGUGGCCAAGACAUCGCCCGUCUUCAUCGUUGGGAGAGUCCUUGCCGGCCUUGGGUGUGCGGGAAUGCAAGUUGGAACCACACUCCUGACGGCAUCGAUCAUGCCCUUGCACAAGCGGCCCUUUUAUGGCGGAAUCAUGGGGACGGGGGAGACUUUGGCCGUCAUGGCCGGGCCCCUCGUUGCAGGCGGCAUCGCACAGUCCGUGGGUUGGCCGUGGUGCUUCUGGAUCAACUUACCCGUCGACGCCAUUCUCUUCGUGGCACUCGUUUUGCUGGUGACCGAGCACAGAACGAACGCCAAGGCCCGUCGUUGGUUCAUGCGGCUGGAAGACCUCGGCGAGCUCGACCUGCCCGGCGGGUUUCUGAUCGCGGGCGGCACUGCAUGCCUACUUUUGGGGCUCAACUCGGCUGGGACGAGCAACUCGUGGACUGACGCCGUGGUGCUGGCGCCCAUUCUGGUGUCGGUUGCCGUCUUCGUCGUGGCGGCGGUUGAUCAGCACAAGAAGAUGGACCGGGCCACCUUUCCCACGCGACUGCUGAAGAACCGGCAUUUCGUCACCAACCUGGUUUGGCUGUGGACGCAGGCGGGCUCGCAAAUCCCGACGUCGUACUAUUUUCCGAUAUGGAUACAAGGUCUGGCAACCGAGUCCGUAUUGCAAGCUUCCAUUGGCAUACUUCCCACCCUCGGGGCUUCCAUCGUCGGCACCAUCGCCAGCGGGCUUCUGGCGUGGGCGGUACACUACCUGCCCCCGGGGACGAUAGCAGGAACGGCCGUGAUGGCGGUCGGCUCUGGUCUGCUCUACAGCCUCCGGCCAGACAGCAGCCGGCCGGUGUGGAUGGGGUUCGGCGCCGUGUUCGGGCUCGGGAACGGCUUCACGACGCAGCAAGUCGCCGUCGGCGCCCAGGCCGAGCUGGACGAGAAGGACUUCCCUGCCGGCAUGUCGGCCCUCGCCGUCGUGCGGAACGUGUCCGCGGCCAUCUUCAUCGCGGUGAACCACAGCGUCUUCAUGGACCGGCUCUCACGCCUUUCCAGCGUCAUGCCCGGCUUCAGCCCGGCGUCCGCUACCAACAUCAACCGGAGCUAUCUGGAGAGCCGAGUGUCGCCGGAGAACUUCUCCCGAGCUUUGGACAUCUUCAACGACGCCUUGACUCGUAUGUUCUUGGUCUCUAUGGGUCUGGGAAUUGCGGGGUUCUUGAUAGCUUUCUUCCUGCCUUGGACGUCCCUGAAGAAGCCGGAAGCUGGGACUGAUGCCUCUGACGAGCUGGAUCUUGUUGAGCCUGUAGGGCGUCAGCCUCCAUGGAAGUUGGACCACGACACCGGCCCGUGCCAGAUACAUUACCGCCACACGAUUUCACUGGAACGCGGAAACCGUGAAGGAAUAAGUCAAGAUGGCAGCGAGAAGUGGGAGUCAAAAACACCGGAGCAUUUAAGACAGCGUUGUGUGUCGUUGUAG